GAUACGAAGAGAAAUGCAUGUCUAAGUUAAUCGCGUUUUAAUAAAUGAAAACACGUCGCAGAUCUCUUAAAUUAAUAAGUGCCUACUUAAAUAUUUUUGAUGAAGUGUGAAAUAAAAUGAGUGUAAUUGAUGUGAUGUAAUUAGAGCUUAACUUAAGAUAAUUGUGCUUUCGCUUUCGUGAAAAUGAAUGGCAAACUGCAUAGUGAAACCGGCGCUUUCUCAUCUGACGACAUGCGCGCCGAAAUAUUGAACCCUUUCGUCCACAAAUUGGAGCUAGAUAACACAUAUGACAAAAUAAAGACGGCAAUAUUCACCGUAAUAUUACUGCCUUUUCGGGUCAUCGUUAUUUGUUACCUAAUAGUAACAGCAUGGUUCCUCGCGUGUAUUGGUCUCUACGGCCUCAGCGAAGAAGAUCUAAGGCGAAAGCCUAUGACAGGAUGGAGAAGGGCACUGAAGCCGUUGAUAUGUUUCAUCGGGAAAAUGUCUUACUUGGCGGGAGGGAUGGCGAUCACAAUAAGAGGGAAGCAGGCUAGUCGCAAAGAAGCGCCUAUCCUGGUCGUAGCCCCGCACUCCUCAUUCUUAGACAGCUGUAUCGUAUAUGCGACCAAAAUGUCUUCAGUGAUCGUGAGGAAAGAGAGCAUGGACAACUACGUUGGAAAACUUAUUAACUACACGCAGCCUGUUUAUGUGUGGCGGGAUGACCCUAAUUCCAGGCAGAAUACCAUUAAGGAGAUCAUCGAGAGAGCAACUUCCAAAGAAGAUUGGCCACAGGUACUUAUCUUCCCCGAAGGUACUUGCACAAAUCGCUCGUGCCUGAUCACGUUCAAGCCGGGCGGGUUCUACCCAGGGGUGCCUGUGCAGCCGGUCACCAUCAGGUACCCUAAUGCCAGAGACACGGUCACUUGGACCUGGGAGGGCCCUGGAGCCCUAAAGCUGUUGUGGUUGACGUUGACACAAGUGCACAGCUCUUGUGAAAUUGAGUUCCUACCAGUGUACUACCCAAGCGAAGAGGAGAAAAGGGACCCCAAGCUGUACGCUAGAAAUGUUCGAGAUGUCAUGGCUAAGGCAUUAGGGGUGCCAGUUCUGGACUACACAUACGAUGACUGUCGGCUCAUAGCUAGAGCGAAGCAGCUGGGGAUACCAUGUGCAGCCUCUGCCAGGGAGGUCAGCGAGAUCCGAGGGCAACUUGGUUUGGAGCGGUCUGGUCUAGACUUGCACUUGGCUCGCGGGGGAAUGGGCGGUGUUGCGGGCGGGGUCCGGCGCUGGCUGGGCCCCGAAGAGUUCGCGCAACGUCUUGGUGUACCUCUGUCACCACGCACCCAACGACUCUUCGAUAUAUUCAUGCAGCGCUCGAGUGGGUUGCUGUACUUCCCGGACUACUUACUCAGCGCCGCCUUCCUCUCCCUACAACACGCGCCUCUUACAGAACUCCUGGCCAUAGCUUUCAAGUUGUACGCGACUGGUACCGGGGGCCGGCUGCAGGCGGCUGGCUUCGAGGAGCUGGCCACACGGUGUCUGGGGCUCUGCCAAGAAGACGCCUGCAAUACCUUCCGCCAGGCCGACAUGGAUGAAGACGGAUACAUCACUUACGAUGAUUUCAUAGCAUAUGCGCAGAAGAAAGCAGAGUUCUCGUUUGUAUUUGCCUGCGACACAUCGCAUCAUAAGCCGAAAGCUCAGUGAGGGUCACCUGUUCACAUCCCGACAGUCUGCAGUCAAGUGCCCUAGUGACAGAAACCUGUCCCCACCAGGAUAGGAAAAAGAGAACAGUAAUGUCGAGAAUGUGAAAUAAUUCUUCAAAUUCUGAAUUCGAAAGUCUAUUAGGAAAUAUAAGGCACUUUAGUUCUUGAAAAUGGCAAUAUCGUAAGCGGUCUCAGCCGAAAAAAAUAUUAAAUUGACAGCUGUCAACUUUUUUGCCGCCAUUCAUUUGACGUUUGAUUGUUAAGUUUUCUUGUCUUUAGUCUUGAAUGCAAUGGAAUUAUCUUUGGGUAAGAAUGUGAAGAAGAUUAAAUAAAAGUAAUAAACAGUGAGAGAUAAGUAGUGAGUGAUUAUGUACCUACGAAAUUAUUAUACGUAUAAUGCUCUGUUUGUUAAGUUUGACCAAGCGAAUGGAUAAUAAUCGUAUGAUCUGUGGUUUCUGAGGAUAACAAAAUAACUGUAAUUAAAUCAUAAGGGCUUCAUAGCAUAAAUAAUUUAAAGCAAAAAUAUACUGUCAUGUCGUGUCGCAUUAAAAGUAUAUCGAUUUCAUACAUUUGCUAUGGUUAGAUAAACAAAUAAAAAGUCAAAUUUAUGAAACCGAGGCUUUCUGGUGCGACGCCACGACAUGGUAAUGAAAUGUAUUUCCAGCUAAAGUCUACAAUAUUGUAACACAAAAUUUAAUCUGCGUUAUCUAUUUCAAUAUUUGAUGCACACACAAUUUAGACGCAACAGGCUAUUCAUGUGGUGAUUGAUAUAGUGUCACCAUUAGUGCUGUGCACUCUGAGGUAUCCGCCGGGGAGGUGGCAGGCGAAGAAAAAAAGUUCAGAUGAGAUCGAUCUUGUCGGACAGAUCUUGUGGCGGGAGUAUGAUCGGAGGCUAUCUUUCUGUAUUAUACUUACUUAGUUGAUUAAAUUGUAACCCAAAUAUAAUCAUAUUUUACUAAAAAUAUGCAGCUGAUAAAUAAGAACUAAACUUAUAAUUUCGAAUCAUAAAAUAUUUUCUAAGGAAAGUUAAAAACAUACAAAAAAGGAAAGAUACAAAAAACGCUACAUGUCGCUACGAGCGUUGACGGCGCACUGACAGAGAGCAGACCAUUUACCCCCUCUCCUCGCCCUCCCCCCUCCCCGUCUAGCCGCUAGCAUUCCUAGAGUACACUAAUGGUCUCACUAUAUUAACGAACAUAUGUCAAAUGACAGAUUUUUUGUUACUUUUGUGGAAUUUCAGCGGCCAUUUUGAUAUACUUACGGCCAAAACUAAUUACCGAUCUUACUUCAAACAACUGAAUGGAAAAAUGUAUUAAAAAAAGACAAAUAGUCGGUAAGUCUAUCGUCUAUAUAUACUUAAUGUCCAAUGGAGAAAAAUAAAUGUCGAUAAAUAUCAUAUAUAUAUAUUUUUGUUUGAGAUCGUUUCUUAGUUUCGGCCAUUAAUUAAACGUAUGCUGAAAUAAUAACAAAUGUUUAUAUUAUUAUAAAGCCUGCUUCGGAACUAAGUGAAAACAGAAACUUAAAACUGCUGAUAGGACUGUAAUAUGAAAUUGUAAUAUAGUGAUUUUGUGUAGGAUGAAUAGUAACGACAAAGGUAUUUGGCCUGUUUAUUCAUUAGUUUAAGGAUUUUCCGAAGUUUCUUUGAUCGAACAUUUUCUUUUUGCUAAGGAAGCGUGUGAGAGCCAAGCUUCGGCACGAAUGGGUCGACUUGACCGGAGUGAUACCACGGCCUCACAGAAAACCGAGGUGAAACAAUCACAGCGUUGUGUUCCGUCGUGUGAGUGAGGUUACCGGAUGGACAUUUGGAUGAUGUGAUCUACGAUAGAGCACGUCU